UGAGAAGCUCUAGCGUUCAUCAGCCACCACAACAGAUGGAGCUGUGUUCACCUCUGCUGAAGUCAGUCAAGUUGAGUCCGGGAUCAGAGGCAGCAGCAGCAGGACUGAGUCAGCCUGCAGGAACUAGGAAGUGCGAUCAUCCCUGAAUCAACACUAAAUACGGCAGCGAACAGGAGCAGAUAUGUCCGCAUCUGCUUCACAGUCGGAGCUGAGGCUGGUGGUGCUGGGUCGGUCUGGGGCAGGAAAGAGACAUGCAGUCUGCAACAUCCUGGGCCUGCAAGACUUCGAGCAGGGCGCUGAUGCCACCGUCACCCAGGAGUGCAGCAAGCACAGAGGAGAGGCUGCAGGCAGGCAGGUGGUGGUGGUCUCCAGUCCAGCUUGGUUCGGCUCAGGCUGCGACCCAAAGGAAAGGAGAAGACACAUCUCCUCCUUUAUCACCCUCUCCAGCCCUGGACCACAUGCCUUCCUGCUGUGUGUCCCUGUGAACCAGCCAGCUGAUGAAGAAGCCAAGGCGCUGGACGUCCUGCAGGAGCUGUUCGGUCCCUCUGCAGUCAGCACAAACACCAUCAUACUCUUCACCCACACCGAGGAGCUGGAGGAGGAUGAGCAGCUGGAGGAAUACCUUGUCACAUGGCGCAAGGACCUCAAGGAACUGGUGGAAAGAUGUGGCGACCGCUACCACACCCUGGAAACCCGCAGCGGAGAACCAGAGGAGAGGAAAGCUGUUGAGGAGCUGCUGGAGAAGGUUGAGCAGGCUGUGGGAGAGAGCGGGAUGCAACACUUCAGCUGCCCUCUGUACCAGGAGGCUGAGGAAAGAGUGAGAGAGAGGCAGGUAGAGAUAGCGAGACAGAGGAGAGGAAAGGAGCUCAAUGACCAGGUGUCUCCCACAGACUCACCACCAGAGGAAGACGUGACGGAAGAAGAAAAGGAAGCAGUCCGGGAAGAGGCAGAGAGGAGCGUAGAUGACCUAAAUGUGGAUCUAGAUAGUAUCUUCCCCUCUGCCUGUGUCUCACCUUCCUCCCCUGCUCCCUCUUUUCUCCGGGGCUUGUGGGAAAGGCUGACAGGCUGGUUGAGGUGGCUGCCCACUCUUGUGAGAAGAGAGGCCCUGCUGGGAGCACUGGUCGGCCUGUUUGUGGGAGGGCCAUUUGGAGGUAUGAUGGGGGCCACUGUGGGCUCAGUGGCUACUGAGGUGGGGAGAAGAAAAGCAGAGAAAAAUAAAUGAGAGAUAAUCUCAUAUUAAUGUAUCAUGCAUGAAGUUGCACCUUAAAGUCAUUCCACUGUGUUCAGAGCACCAGUGUACCAAUGAGCUUUUAGCUUACAAGCUAACACAUGUCAAAGAAGUGUUUAUGCUUGACCACUGAGCACUUAUUUUCUCUUUCAGAAUGGGUUGAACUCUAAUAAAGCAUACUGUGUUGUAUAAUGGCUUUUAAUAAUAAUAAUAAAUAAUAAAAAUUAUAUAUAUAUAAAUAUUUUUUAUUAAUGGUUAAUAAAUAAUGAUUCAUAGAUCAGUAAUAACCCAACAACAGCUGGGUUGACAGGUUUGACAAUUUACUUUUUCCUCUAGUAUAAAUUGCUCAGCUUAGUUAUUAAUCUUUAUGGUUUAACUUACUGAACAAGGUAUAAAUGUAAAUGAUUAAUUAUGUCAUCUUCCACUACAGUAAUCCAUUCAGUCCACAGAUCUAAUCCUGGACUUGGCCACUUGGGGGCAGCAGAAACAAGCUGUGUGAACACAACAUAACCCUCUUAUGUUGAUAUGACUUGUUAGUAAGCAGCUGCAUAUUAAAACAUUCAGCAGAUAUGUAGCAACAUUAGCGUCCAUUUGGAGUCGGGUUUCUGGCCAUCUGAUUAACGUAAUUACAGUAUUCACCCUAUGGCUGCUCCACUCUGUCCACCUGCUAGCUUUUUUGGUGUUCAGUGUUGAGCAGAUAAUGUGCAGUUGGUUUUCAGUGCCUUUUGUGGCCAGAAAAGAAGCCGUGAGAGCAGUGAAAUUGAACCAAAACCAUAAAAUUGUGGGCCACAAAAAAAGAAAACAAUGAGCUGAAAAACACCAAAAAUCUCCAUAGAGCUGAGAGCAACUGCAGAGUCGGUGGGAUCGUCAUUAUGAGCGAACCGUUUUGCAUACAAGUAGUGGUUUUAUCCAUUGUUCUUAUACAAAUAUUGAGUAGUGCAGCUUUAACUAAAAACCAAAAUGCAGCUAAAUAGAUACUUCAAAACUUGGCAACAUGAGUCAUUUAGUGAUUAUAAGCGACCCUUAAGGAAAAAAUACAUUAUUUAUUAACCAUUAAAAUCUUAUCAGUAUCAACCUUUAAACCCCUUUUUUUAGACUUUUUGUGGUAAUGCAGAUGGUAACACUUUUCCAAAGAGGCAAUACUACGAAACGUCCACAUGGUGGAGACAUUGACUUUUAUAUUGGAGAAGAUUAAAUGUUUGAGGUGAACUGCGAGAUACUUAUUUACUGCUUACCAAGCAAAUAAAAGCUGCUGUUUUAAGGAA